AAAACUUCGACAGCUGGACACUCGCGCGAUAACAACAUUUGAUCGAGAUAUAUCUAUCAGUCACUGCCAACAUUAACGUCUUGUGUUGUCCAAGAAACUUUGAACGAAAUUCAUCAUGGCUCCCGAACGUGUUUGCCUUGCCUACUCUGGCGGCCUGGAUACUUCCACUAUUCUUAAGUGGCUCGUCCUUCAAGGCUAUGAGGUCGUGUGUUUCCUUGGCGACUGCGGCCAGGAGGAAGACUUCGAUGCCGUCAAGGCCAAGGCGCUGAAGCUCGGUGCUGAGAAGAUGAUCAUCGAGAACGUCCAGCAGGAGCUGAUUGACGACUUGGUGUGGCCCGCCAUCCAGUGCAACGCUAUCUAUGAAGGACAAUACCUUCUCGGCACAAGUCUAGCCCGGCCGGUAUUGGCCAGGGCAAUGGUGCAAGUUGCGAAGGAUAACAACUGCACGAUCCUCAGCCAUGGAUGUACCGGUAAGGGCAACGACCAAGUCCGCUUCGAGCUGGCGUGGAAGGCAUGUGACCCUAAGAUGAAGGUUCUGGCCCCCUGGCGCAUCCCUGCGUUCUUCAACCGAUUCCAGGGACGUGCGGAUCUUCUUAAGUUCGCCGAGGAGCAGAAAAUCCCCGUCAGCUCCACUCCCAAGGCCCCAUGGUCUAUGGACGACAACAUCAUCCACUGCUCAUACGAGGCCGGUAUUCUCGAGCAAACCGACAAGGAGCCCCCGAAGGACAUGUGGAAGCGCACAGUUGAUCCCCUGGACGCUCCCGAUAAGCCUACUCGCUUCACCGUCCACUUUGCUGAGGGUGUUCCCGUUAAGCUUGAAGUUGAUGGCAAGACCGUUACUGGCUCCUUGGAGAUCUUCAAGGAGGCCAACGAGUUGGGUCGUGCCAACGGUAUUGGACGCGAGGAUAUCGUCGAGUCGAGGUUCAUCGGAUUAAAAUCUCGUGGUUGCUACGAUACCCCCGGCUUGACUAUUUUGCGCAAGCUGCAUCAAAACCUUGAGGGUCUCGUGAUGGAUAGCAAGGUGCGCAUCAUUCGCGACCGUCUCUCGGAUGACUGGGCGCAAUGUAUCUACAACGGAAUGUACUUUACGCCUGAACGCGAGUUCGUUCAGCAGGCGAUCUCUUUCAGCCAGAAGCAGGUUGAUGGCAAGGUCGAAGCUCUGGCUUACAAGGGCAACGUUAUCAUCGUUGGCCGCUCCAGCGAGACAUCCAAUCUCUACAGCGAAGAAGAGAGUAGCAUGGACACUCUUGACAUGGAUUGGAGUGUCGAAGACACAACUGGGUUUAUCAACGUGAAUGCUAUCCGCAUCGCCAAGUAUGGCGAGCGCAAGAUCAGGGAUGGCGAGCCCCUUUCCAAGCGUAAGUAGACAGACUUGGGAUGCUAGCCUUCCAGCGCUGCAGAAGCUUCUGGUAGAUAGAGGAAGAUCGGCGAGAAUGGAAUGGUUUAUGUUGUGCUUGGACAUCACGAGUACGAGAAACAAUAAAAAAAAAGCUCUUGUGUAA